AUGGCCGCCACUCCUCCCGAAAAGAUUCCCAUUCCCAUCCCGUUUCCUCCUCCCGCAGCCGUCGACGACGUCGAUUCGACCAUUCUGAAAGACGAUGAACUCCCCGUCCACUACGAUGUACACAUGAGCCCUCUCGAGCGCGAUCUGCUCUGGAAGCAGGACCUGCGCAUCAUCCCGCUCUCGGCCGCCAUCUACUUCCUCUCCUUCCUCGACCGAACAAACAUCGGCAACGCCAUGGUCCUCAACCUGUCCACCAACCACGACAUGCAGCACGAGACCAAGAUGACGGACCAGCAGUUUGUAAACUCGCUCAUGGUCUUUCUCGUCUCGUACGCCAUCUUCGAGGUCCCUAGCAACAUCCUCCUCAAGAAGCUGCGCCCAAGCCGAUGGCUAGCCUUCCUCAUGUUUUGCUGGGGCGCCAUGACGAUCCUCACGGCCGCGACAAACAGCUUUGCCAGCGUCACCGCUGUGCGAUUCCUACUCGGAACAUUCGAGGCCGGCCUGUUCCCUGGCUUGGUCUACUACCUGACCUUUUGGUACAAGCACGACGAGCGCAGUGUUAGGGUCGCCUUUAUCCUGGCAUCAGCUACACUUGCCGGCGCAUUCGGCGGCGCAAUCGCCUACGGCAUCGGCCACAUGAAUGGCACCGGCGGCCUCUCGGGGUGGCGUUGGCUCUUCAUCCUUGAAGGCAUCCCAUCCUGUCUGGCCGCCUUCCUCGUGCUCUUCUUCCUGCCCGACUACCCGGAGCGUGCCAAGUGGCUAUCCGAGGCCGAAAAGGACAUGGCCAUCCAUCGGCUAUACUACGAGGGUAGUAAGGAAUCGCAGCCCGCCAUGACAUGGGCCGAGGCUCGCGAGACUCUGACGGAUUGGCGUCUGUACGCCCACUACGCCAUCUACUUUGCCUCAGGUCCAGCUUUUGCCAGUCUGAGCUUGUUUGCGCCGUCCAUCACGGUGGGAUUGGAUUUUGCUGACCCCGAGGCCCAGCUGAUGACUGUGCCUCCGUGGGCCAUUGCAUAUGUCUGCCAGGUAUUAGUGGCGUGGUCGGCGGAUCACUUCAACGCUCGAGGCGUCCACACAGCCAUGGCCUCGACCGUUGGCGCCAUCGGUUUUAUCGUAUCAGCAGCUCUACCCGUCCAUGCCUACAAGGCACGGUACGGUGGUCUCAUCCUCGCCACUGCAGGCUCCUUCUCGUGUAUACCGCCCAUGCUGGGAUGGCUCAGCUCCAACGUCUUCACAACAGCGUCAACAGGUCUCGCCAUCGCCAUCAACGUGAGUCUAGGUGGCGGUAUCGGCCAGAUCCCCGGUGUAUGGAUCUACAAGACAUCAGAGCGCGACGACGGCUUCACGACCGGCCACUGGGUCAACGCAGCACUGCUGAUGUUUGUUGCCAUCGUGGCUCUAGGCCUGAGGGUGUUUUACGGCUGGAAGAACAGGCAGCUCAGGUCGUACGCAGAGAGUCACGAAGUCCCGUAUCGAUGCUUCAAGUUGUAG